AUGAGGAGAAUUUUAGUUUUUGACUUCCAUCAUUUACGAAUUAUUACCAAACUUCAAUCGCGUCUAGAAAAUGCUCUUUCUCAACGACGAUUUUAUGAUGCUCAUCAAAUUAUUCGAACAUUGCAAACUCGAAUGCUUCAAAAACAGAUUAACGUAAAUGACCCAAAUUCUGAAGCAAAUGUUGAAGAAUUACUUGAAUUAAUUUAUAAUUGUUGUUUGACUUUUUGUAAAGUGCUAUUGACCUUGCUGAACUUUAUGUGGACACUUCUUUUCACCAAAUUGCCAGGCAAAUUGGAAGGAGAGGAAAUUAAUAGUGACGACAAAGACUCAGAGACUUUUGAUUCGGAUAAAUCUUUACCUAAAGAUCGACGAACUCCUUUUUUAAAUAAAACAUUGGAUUGGGCAUUAAAAAAUACUGGUGGAUGUCCAGAUUUGUUGAAUUCUGUUGUUUUAUUACAGCAACGUUUUGCAAAAGUUUUGGAAAAUGAGGGACGGAAUCAGCAGGCAGAGAGAUUGAAUAAAGCUGCUGAUUGGUUGGUUAAAGAGAUUAAUCGCAAGAUGCAAUCAACAUCUGGAACUUCUCAUUCAUUGAAUAAAGAAGAAAUGACCGGAGAACAACAAAUAAAUCAGACAGGACAAGGAGUUAGUGACAUUGACUUGGAUUGA